ACGUCCCACCAGCUACACUUGGUGGGUUCUGAAAAGAACGUUUUCAAGUUACAGCCGGUCAGAGCAAGCUCUGUAGAAAAAGGGGGUGUGUUGAAUGUCGGCAAAGCUUUUCUGUCUGUCCUCGAUCCUUGAUUGGUGCAGCUGAUCUUCCUGCAGGAAAGAAACAAGUUGCUAGCAGCCACAAUGCUACCCAAGAAUAGGUUAGGCAAGCGGUCUCCUCUGGGAGCUUUGGUCUGCGGUACGUCCACGGAGGGUCUUGUGGAUGUGGUGCCUCACGUAGAACCGGAUGGAGGUCGCGUGAUCUCGGGGAUUGGAGCAGGGACGCACGGCCUCCACAGGGUCAAACUUUACCCCGGACAGAGGGUGUAUGUGCAUUGUGGUGGUCAGGAGUGCGGAGGUGUUGUGGAGCAGCAUAACCAUGUGGACGACGAGGUGUCCGUCUUCCUACCACAGCUCAACACGCACGUUCGCCGCAAGCUGGAGGACGUGUGGAUGACCCCCGCCACACCUCCGCCGCCAACCAACACCCCCUACUCCGUGUCCUCGUCCAUCGACGUGCCAAAGAGGAGCCCAGAGACUGUGGACAUGGAUGAAAUCAUGGCUGCCAUGGUCCUGACCAGUCUGUCCUGUAGCCCCAUGAUCCAGAGUCCUAUUCAGGAGGAGCCAGCACCAGCCUUAAGCGGGAUGGACUGUGGUAAUAGCGAAGUGUCUGAUGGGGGUUAUUGGAGCUGUGACCAUGGAAACAGUAGCCCUACGCCAUCUCCAUCUAUCGCAGAGGCGGACAGGGCCCUGGUCCCUCCUGUUGACGAAGGUCUGGACAUGGAGAUGGAGCAAGUGCUUUUUGAUGAACCAGCACCGAGGAGACGCAAGAACUCUGUGAAGGUUGCCUACAGAUGUCUGUGGCCAAACUGUGAAAAAAUACUGACGUCCAUCGUAGGCAUUAAACGUCAUGUUCGCACCCUUCACCUGGGACAAAAUGGUGAACAGGACCACUCCCAAAGGGAAGAAGAUUUCUACUACACAGAGAUCUACCAAGAUCUGGAGCAGACAGCUACCUGUGGUGCUCCACAGGCCAGCUGUGGUUCUCCCUCCAGCCCCACCCAGCUGACGUGCUCCCCGCCCACACCCGACACUAACCAGACCAGCCCGCUCAGUCAGUCAGCACCUGGGAACUUCUGGCAGGUUCACUAUGAGCACUCAUACCAGGCACUGCCGCCUGUUCGGUUAACUCCGUGUAAACCCGUGUCUGUGCCAGCUUCUUCUCGCUGGACUCCUCCACUUACAGGCCACCAGAGCAAACAGGCUGCUCUCCUGUGCAGUGCUGUUACUGAGGGCGCUCCGUGCUCUGCCAUUCCUCCACAGGGCACACCCUUCCGUCGCCGCUCUGUCAGCGUGGGAGAACAGUGGCUGCAGAACCACAGUGCCCCCUCCAGGCCUCAUCCUGCCAGUGUCUCACCUCCCAGGAGCCACUGCACCACACGAAGGCUUCGCGGGGAGGCCAAGAAGUGUCGGAAGGUGUAUGGCAUCGAGCACAGGGACCAGUGGUGUACGGCCUGCCGUUGGAAGAAAGCCUGUCAGAGGUUCUUGGACUGAAACCCCAGCCGAGCUGGAUGCAGAGUACCAGCCUGACCAUAUGCUUCCCGGAGCACAGACUCGUGUGUUUAUAAAGGUGGAACCGUGUUGGAAGGGGAAACCAGAUAAACACCUUUUUUUUGUUUUUUAAAUUUUACUUCUUUUUUUAAAACAAAUACCUUUUCACUGCAAGUUGGUGUGCUGACCUCUCAACAUCUCAUGAAACCUUGCAGGUGCUGGCAGAGUUAAAGUUUGGAGAGACUGAUUCUGCUCUCUGUUUCUCCUUUGGUCUUCCUGGGUCAUUCAUCAACGUGCCCGUUUUGAUUUUUGUUUGUUUUUGUUUUUCCCCAGUUGGUGCUGAGUUUCGAUAAGCAAUAGCCAUAUUUUUUUGUAAAGUCUCUGAUUUAAUCCAGACACUCCAGAGGAUUGGCCCAAAACUCUCCUGACGAUUACCAUCCAUAGAAGACAGGGUGCCCACUGUCAUUCCAGAAAACUUGUGUGAUGUUCUGAGAUUAGAAAAGUGUGCUUUAAGGAAAACAUUUUAUUCAGGGGAGAAAAUGGCAGCUUAAAAGUGACAGUUAUUAUGUAAAUGCUUUAAAAGGAUAUACUUCAUGUUUACAUAUGCCAUGUAUAGUGGUGGUUAAACGUGGUUAUGUAGGUUUUGUGUAAUGAAAACUUUGAAAAGUGAGCAAAGCUUUUUUGUAUUAAGAUUUUUUGCAACUACAACUGAAUCGAGUAUACAUCAUGUCAUGACCUGUGUAUUUCUCAUAUAAUCUCAUGUCUUAUUUCUGUAUAAAAAUACAUUAAUUUUCCUAAAAACAGAUGUUAAACAAAAAAUAUGGAGGGGAAAGCCUGAAGCAUUCAAUUUGAAAAGCAGAUUAAAAAGCAGGUUUAGAAAACGGGACCAGUGCUUGUAUUGUAGCCCAGUCUGGAACUUUUGACACUUUUGUUGAUUUGAUAGAAAACUGGUCAUUACAAGUAUUGCAUUCCUCAGCUUCUUUUUAAAGUGAAUGCUUGUUUUCUGUUAAAACCAUAUUUCUGAAUGCUCUUUAUUACCUCUAUGCUAUACCACUGUCCUUUAUAUAGAGACACAGCCUUAAAUGAACAUUUGCUAGCAUGGGUUCAUAUAUCUAUUCUAGUUCUUCAUCAUGGGAUCACUUGGAGAAUUGCUUUCCCACAUCCCCUGUUUCUUGAUUAGGUUCUUAUGGUUGGGGUCCAAAUAUGUGAUGUAUUUUUGUAAUCUUUUAUAAGUCAUCGUGAUGGUGGUGAUGAGGAGGAGGAUGAUGUAAUGGGUUUUUAGUAAGCCAUUAAAUGGUUUGGCGUACUGGUUUGAUAAACUGCAGGAUAUGACCGAGCCCUAGAGCACCGAGUCCCAGUGCAUGACACUGAUUAUCCUUUUAUGUGCUGAUCCGUCAGCCAUUUUCAUAUGAAAUCUGUAUAGACUACCAUACAGAGUCAAAAUGGAGGAGCAUUGAACAUGGAACCAGCAAUAUAAUAAAUUGGCCCCCCCAAAACUGAAGAGCAUUUGCUAUGAGCUUAGUGAGAGCAAUUUUCUUGUACAUUUGCUUGUACAGUAUUUUCUGUUGCAUGAAAUUACUGUGGAAAUGAAGUUUCAAUCAUUUCAUUUUAUUUCAUUAAAUAUGUUUCACACAUUGUCUGAAAUAUGAAUGCCUGAUGUUUUUAAUACACCUUGUGUAUGAGGUAACA